AAGCGGACGUACGUGUGCUGUCCACAUGUGCUUCUGCCAGAGUGGUGAAAAGGGCCCUGGUUCACGGUGUUUGCAGAGUUAGGUAGGGAACGGAGAGCGGAAUUUAGUGGUCCAGAAGGUCCGGAACGAGACGUCCCAGUUUUUACUCUGUCCCCAGACCGAGUGACACUCCCCCCGUUUCACCAUGGGCAAGAAGGGCAAGGUCGGGAAGAGCCGGCGGGACAAGUUCUAUCACCUGGCGAAGGAGACCGGUUACCGCUCCCGUUCCGCUUUCAAGCUGAUCCAGUUGAAUCGCCGCUUUCAGUUCCUGCAGAAAGCUCGAGCCUUGCUGGACCUGUGUGCUGCGCCAGGGGGAUGGUUGCAGGUGGCUGCUAAGUUUAUGCCUGUAUCCAGCCUUAUUGUAGGAGUGGACCUGGUUCCAAUCAAGCCUCUUCCCAAUGUGGUGACACUCCAGGAGGACAUCACGACAGAACGCUGUAGGCAGGCCCUGAGAAAGGAACUGAAGACCUGGAAAGUUGAUGUCGUGCUCAAUGAUGGGGCCCCCAACGUUGGGGCUAGCUGGGUCCAUGAUGCUUACUCACAAGCCCAUUUGACACUGAUGGCUCUGCGUUUGGCUUGUGAUUUUCUGGCCCGUGGAGGCUGCUUCAUCACAAAGGUUUUUCGUUCCCGUGACUAUCAGCCUCUACUGUGGAUCUUUCAGCAACUCUUCCGCCGUGUCCAGGCCACUAAGCCCCAAGCCUCUCGACAUGAAUCUGCAGAGAUCUUUGUUGUUUGCCAAGGAUUCCUGGCUCCUGACAAGGUUGACAGUAAAUUCUUUGACCCCAAGUUUGCCUUCAAGGAGGUCGAAGUUCAGGCCAAGACUGUUACCGAGUUGGUGACUAAGAAGAAGCCAAAGGCUGAGGGUUAUGCUGAGGGCGAUCUCACACUCUACCACCGUACUUCAGUCGCUGACUUCCUCCGGGCUGCCAACCCUGUUGACUUCCUCUCCAAAGCCAGCGAAAUCUCACUGGAUGAUGAAGACUUGGCCCAGCAUCCAGCUACCACCGAGGACAUCCAGGCGUGUUGUCAGGAUAUCAAAGUGCUGGGGCGCAAGGAGCUCAGGUCCCUCCUGAACUGGAGAACAAAGCUUCGGCGAUACGUGGCUAAGAAGCUGAAGGAGCAAGCGAAGGCCCUGGACAUCAGCCUCAGUUCCGGAGAGGAGGAGGAGGGUGAGGAGGAGUCCAAGGCUGGAACUGGGCAGCCGCUCUCUAAGGAGGACGAAGAGGAGGAACAAUUAAACCAGACCCUGGCGGAGAUGAAGGCGCAGGAGGUGGCAGAAUUAAAGAGGAAGAAAAAGAAGCUGCUGCGUGAGCAGAGAAAACAGCGGGAGCGUGUGGAGCUGAAGAUGGAUCUUCCCGGGGUUUCUAUUGCGGAUGAGGGGGAGACUGGCAUGUUCUCCCUGCGCACCAUCCGGGGUCACCAGCUGUUGGAGGCGGUCACACAAGGGGAUAUGAGUGCUGCAGACACAUUUCUGUCCGAUCUGCCAAGAGAUGACAUCUACGUGUCCGAUGUUGAGGACGACGACGACGACGCAUCUCUGGAGAGUGACCUGGAUCCAGAGGAGUUGGCUGGAGUUGGAGGAUCUCAGCAUCUAAAGGACCAAAAGCGUGUACGAUUUGCUGAAGUAGAAGAUGACAAAAAAGAAGAGGAAGAAGAAGAGAAUCCACUGCUGAUACCGCUGGAGGAAAAGACGGUAGCGCAGGAAGAACAAGCCAGUCUGUGGUUCUCUAAGGAUGGCUUCAGUGGGAUCGAGGAUGAUGCUGACGAGGCGCUGGAGAUCCGGCAGGCCCAGCUACUGUCUGAGAGCCGUCGGAAGGGGCGACAGCAGGGGCCACCACCACUUCCCAGUCUGAAGACCGAGAAGAAACCUCCCCAGGACCAGGAGGAAAACCCUAAGGGGCCAGAGGCUCUAGCGGCAGCCAAGACGGCCCCUGGGCCCGGCAAGGAAGGGGAUGGCAGCUCGGACAGUGACAGCGACAGCAGCAGCGAUGAAGAAAGUUGGGAACCCAAGCGCAGGAAGAAGCGAAGCUGCGGGUCUAAGUCCGAUGACGACGGGUUUGAAAUUGUGCCUAUCGAGGACCCAGCGAAACAUCAGGUACUAGACCCUGAAGGCCUGGCCCUAGGUGCUCUCAUUGCCUCUUCCAAAAAGGCUAAGCGGGAUCUCAUAGAUGACUCCUUCAGCCGGUACGCAUUUAAUGAGGAGGAGGGGGAGCUUCCUGAGUGGUUUGUGCAAGAGGAAAAGCAGCACAGGUUCCGGCAGCUGCCUGUUGACAAGAAGGAGGUGGAACACUACCGCAGACGCUGGAGGGAGAUCAACGCACGGCCCAUCAAGAAAGUAGCCGAGGCUAAGGCCAGAAAGAAACGGAGGAUGCUGAAGAAGCUGGAGCAAACCAAGAAGGCGGCAGAGGCUGUGGUGAACACCGUGGACAUCUCAGAACGCGAGAAAGUGGCUCAGCUUCGGAGUCUCUACAAGAAGGCCGGGCUCGGCAAGGAGAAACGCCAAGUCACCUAUGUGGUAGCCAAAAAAGGCGUGGGCCGCAAAGUGCGCCGGCCAGCUGGGGUCCGAGGCCACUUCAAGGUGGUGGACUCAAGGAUGAAGAAGGACCAAAGAGCACAGCAAAGGAAAGAGCAGAAGAAAAAACACAGACGGAAGUGAGCAGAGCCACCAGGACCCCUGAGAAGACAGUGUGAGGACACGGAGGUGUGAUUGCAGCCCCCCUGGUACCAGCUAUAGGCUUCCUUGUGUCGGAGUCUGCUGGGAAGACAGGUGGGGUGCCUAGAACUCUCGCGGUGGUCCUGUGGGGUGAGGGAAGAUGUUCCCCUGCCUGAAGGAAGGUCUUGGGCCAUGUCCUGUUGAUGCUGCUGUUGGCACCCCCCACCGGCCCCAA